AUGGCCGCGGGCCCGCGCUGCAGCCGAAGGGCAGCGCCGCCGGCCGCCGCCCACGCACACACAGCGCGGCUUCCGCUCCGCCGGGGCGGCGCUGCUCCGGCGCCGAGCGACGGCCCAAUCGCGGGCCAGGGGACACGCCACGGGCCUGCGUCACUUCCUGCCGCCGGCGCCGCGGCCCUGACGCGCGGCGGCUCCGGUGGCGCACGCGCGGGACAGCGCCAGCGUCACCCGCCACACACCGGGAACAGGCGGCCCCGGGGACGGGCUGCUCGGCAGCUGCUCCCGCGCGGCGUGACCUUCCCCGGCCCCCGAGACAUGGCGGCGGCGGCGGCGCGCGGGGCCGUGGCGGCGUCUGUCCGGUUCUCCGCAGGGCUCCUGCGGCGCUGGGCGCCCCGGGCCGGCCGCGGCCCCGGCGCCGGCUCCGCUCUCUCCGGCCGCCCUCUCUCCGGCUGCUCCGCCCGCUGCGUCCGGACGGCGCGGGCACCGGCGGCGGCCCCGCUCUGGACACCGCUCUGGGGGAACCCGCCUGCGGUCACCGGCUCAGUCCUCAGCAGUGUCACACCUCUACUUCCAAGUAUACUCCAGCAGCCAGUGAGGACCCUCACUUACUGCAGCUUACGGAACGGGAAGAGGAAAAGUGUGAAGUCUGUUGUCAAGAGGUUCCUCCGGCUGCACAACGGCCUUUGGGUUAGGAGACAGCAGGAUCUCGACUGGCUUGAGAGUUGGGCAGAGAGGAACCUCCUGAGGUUCAACAAGGACAAGUGCAGAGUCCUGCACCUGGGAAGGAACAACCCCAUGCACCAGGACAGGCUGGGGAUUGACCUGCUGAAGAGCAGCUCUGCAGAGAGAGACCUGGGAGUCCUGAUUUAUAAUAAACUGAACAUGAGCCAGCAACAUGCCCUCGUGGCCAAGAAGGCCAAUGGCAUCCUGGGAUGCAUCAAGAAGAGUGUGGGCAGCAGGUUGAGGGAGGUUCUGCUCCCCCUCUACUCUGCUCUGUCUGGUUACAAGAAGAAACUGUGGAAGAAGUCAGCUGCCCAGAAGAAGCGAUUGAGAGAUCUGAUAUUGUGCACUAGAACCCAGUGUAAACUCCUUGAUAAAAUGACCACUUCCUUCUGGAAAAGAAGGAACUGGUACGUUGAUGAUCCCUACCAGAAGUAUCACGAUCGCACGAAUCUCCGUGUGUAGAAGCGCAGUUUGCAUCUUUCUGGGAAAGAGGUGGUGGUACCUGUGCUGUGGUCUUAAUUUUAGAAGAGAAAGCUGUUCUAAAUAAACAUGUUUCUCAUCUGAUCAGAAUUGUGGGUAUCAAUGCCCAAAAUAAAGGAAUAUUCAGGAUUA